AUGUCAGAGAGAGGACCCGACCAAUGGUUAGAACAAAUUAAAAAAUGUAUCGCUUUAACAGAGAAUGAUAUGAAGCAAUUAUGUGAAUUAACUAAAGAAUUACUUAUGGAAGAAUCUAAUAUUCAACCAGUUUAUAGUCCAGUAACUGUUUGUGGAGAUAUUCAUGGGCAAUUUCAUGAUUUAUUAGAAUUAUUUAGAAUCAGUGGAGGGUUACCAACCGAAGAUAACAACAAUAAAUAUAUCUUUUUAGGAGAUUAUGUUGACAGAGGAUAUUUUUCAUUGGAAACAUUUACAUUAUUAAUGGUUUUAAAAGUCAAAUAUCCCGAUAGAAUUACCAUGGUCAGAGGUAAUCAUGAAUCAAGACAAAUUACUCAAGUUUAUGGAUUUUACGAAGAAUGUUUAACUAAAUAUGGUUCAACAACUGUUUGGAAAUAUUGUUGUCAAGUGUUUGAUUUCUUAACCUUGGCAGCAAUUAUUGAUGGUACAGUUUUAUGUGUUCAUGGAGGAUUAUCACCAGAAAUAAGAAUGAUGGAUCAAAUUAGAGUUUUAAGUAGAGCUCAAGAAGUUCCUCAUGAAGGUGGAUUCUGUGAUUUGGUUUGGAGUGAUCCAGAAAAUGUUGAUACUUGGGCAGUUUCUCCAAGAGGUGCUGGUUGGUUAUUUGGUUCAAAAGUUUCUAGAGAAUUCAAUCAUAUUAAUAAUUUAAGUUUAAUUGCCAGAGCUCAUCAAUUAGUAAUGGAAGGUUUCCGUUAUCAUUUUGCUGAUAAAGAUGUUGUCACCGUCUGGUCAGCUCCAAAUUAUUGUUACAGAUGUGGUAAUGUUGCAUCUGUAAUGCAAAUUAAUGAUCAAUCUGAACCUGAUUUUAAAAUCUUUGCUGCUGUUGAUGGUGAUUUAGCUUUCAAACCAAAUAAUAAUAAACAAAGUAGAGGGGAUUAUUUCUUAUAA